CGACAGCAGAAGUAUCUCAGACACUUUUCGCUAUUAAACAUGAUGCACCUACACUGGCUUAUGUGUUUGCUGAUCUUGUUGGGGUGGGUGUUUGAUGCUCAAGUGACGGAUGCUCAUGACUGCAGUGAUGUUGAAUAUGCUGAAGCUAGAAAGCGUCUAUUUGAACAUCUCGGCAUGGACAAGAAUGACCAACAAAAUCAGAAAAGCAGAAUGUGGCCCUUGAUAUUCAACAAAUAUGACUCAUACUACAGUUCCAACCCUGCUGAGAUUUAUGUGGACCUGUAUGUGACCUCCAUCAUAAAAGUGGAUGAAAAAGCCCAGAGUCUCACGACACAGGUCAAAAUACUAACAUCUUGGCCAAUUUGGGAUUUGGAGUGGGAUGACACUGAAUUUUGUGGAAUUGACACAUUUGUUGCCCCUAAAAAUAUGUUUUGGACUCCGGAUAUUGGUAUAGUGGAAAGCAUCGAGACAGAUUUUGGAACAAAGGAUUCUCCAAAUGUGGUGUUGUUCAGUUCCGGCAUUACAGCCUCAGUUGACUUUUUAUCUCUGACCACGGCCUGUAAGAUGGAUCUAUACAGGUUUCCCUUUGACUCCCAAAGCUGCAAUAUAACAUUUCAGUCUACAUCAUAUUCAAAGCGGGAGAUUAUAAUUCGACCAAUAACUAAUCAAACUUUGAUCACCGGUUCAUCACAUGAGCUCUUUCAGGCCCAGGGAGAGUGGGAGCUCCUCAGUAUAAAUUACACUACUUCUACCAUCACUAAGUGGAUUGAUUUGGAUCAGCUGAUAUAUCAGCCGUCGGCCCAGACGCCUCCCUCUGCUCGCCGCCGAGGACGCCCCCCUUCACCCGUGACGCGGCGUGGAGGAGGCUGCAGGCAUGCGUCGCAGCCCCCUCAGGCCGCGCGCCCCGCUAAGCGCCAGGCGAAGCGGCGUUCCUGA